CUCCGCGGAUCAGAUGAAUCUCUCAGUGAUGAGAGCGCGAAAUGUUAGCCAUUACACCAUACCGGAUGGGAUGGUAUUUGUUGAAGAGUCGAUUUGUUAUCGGGGGCUAAGAAAAUGGCGCAUCGGGAAUACUGGGGAACUGGCGGGGCACGGCGCGGGUGGCGAUAUGCCUGGAUGCUGAGGGAAGGGCGAUUAGCCGGAGAAGCGUGUGAAAAAAGGAAUCGGAGUUGGGGGUUGUGCCCUGGAUUAAUAUAAUGUAAUCUCGGUUUCUGGCGGCGGGUUGAGUUUGGGUGUUGUUCACAGGGGAAUUCCUGUGAACAACUUAAUCGACACGAUGGACAUACCUGACAUUAUGUUAGCACGCCGAGUUCUCAUUUAGGUUUUAGGACAAAUAACUGCAAAAAAAGAAUACCUG